UGCCACCCCCCACCCCAGCCAAAGAAGGAGAUGCCUGGACAGGAAUGCAGUUGGGGGCAUGAACAGACUUGAGAUCUCCCCUCCAGAGAUAUAAAUUUGAGUGGGAUGAGAGGCUUGUGGCCUUUUCCAUCCCAGCAGAGCUGCACUGGUAGAAUUGACGAUGUCAAAAGCUGCACCCAAGAAAGCAGCAGCCCCUCCCCCACCAGGAUGCUCCCUGGACAUUAAUGAUCCUCAGGUGCAGAAUGCCGCUAUUCGUAUCCAGGCCUCCUAUCGUGGGCACAGGUCUCGCAAGGAACUGAAAGACAAAGGCCCUCCACGGGUACUACAGAACCUCAAAGAUGUGAUGCUGAUAGAAGGCAGUGCAGCCAAGUUAGAAUGCCGCAUCAGUGCCUUCCCUGACCCCUUUAUCCGCUGGUCCAAAGAUGGUGUGGAACUCAAGGACGGGCCCAAGUACCGCUAUGUCUUUGAGGAUCCUGACAUUGUGGCACUGGUGGUGCGUGAUGCAGCCCUUCCUGACCUGGGCAAGUACUCCAUCGCUGUGAAGAAUCCCUUUGGAGAGUGCUUUGACUCAGCUCGGCUCCUCAUAGAAGUACCUGCCAAGAUACAGAAAGGCCCAGACAAUUUAAAAGCCAAGAAAGGCAGCACAGUCAAUUUGACAGCUCACAUCAGUGGGGAGCCAGCCCCUGAUGUCGGCUGGGCCAAGGAUGGGGAGGAUAUUGAAGAAGAUGAUCGAGUGUACUAUAAUAUUGGCAGUGACUCAACAACUCUCACUAUCAAGAAAGUGACACCAGCUGAUGCUGGGAAGUAUGAGAUCUUUGUGGAGAACAGCCUGGGCAUGGAUCAGUCCUUUGCACGCCUUGAUGUGAAUUGAGCUCCCGUCUCCCCACGGCUUGACCCACCCCAAAAGAAACUCUCCUGUACCCAACUUUCAGAGCAGGGGAAUGCAAUUAAAAACAAACAAACUGGAGCAAUAGGGAUAUUUCAUUCUCCUGCAAUACCCCCGAGCCCAGCUACUUCUCUCACUGCUGCUUUGGGUCUCUCACUCACACAGGACAGCUUCAAUGAGGGUACAACUUUUCCCCCCGACUUGCUGGCAAGAAUACCUCCCCACCCCCCACUACUCUGCUCCAGGGCUCAAUCCAUCUCUUGGGCAGACAGGACUAUCAGCUUAUCAAUAGCUUUGCCAUCAAUAUGACAUAAGCAAUGUUCACUGAAAAGCCAUCUAGGUGGGGGCAUGAAAGGGGCAGGGCAGAGACUACACACCAGAGGUCUUUCCCCAGUGCUGCCAAGGGAGUCAGGCCAUCCCAGAAGCCUCCAGAUUCUUCUGGGCCCAUUUUCUUGCUUGACAAACUAAAUAAAACCAAAUGACUCUA